AUGGCUAAGCUCAUUAUCCUCUCUCUUUCACUUUGCUUGCUACUCUUGGCUAGUUCUUGCUUAGGUAGCUUUGAGAGGUUCAACGAGUGCCAGCUGGAUAAUAUCAAUGCAUUGAAACCUGAUAAUCGCGUUGAGACUGAGGGUGGAGUGAUUGAGACUUGGAACUCCAAACAUCCUGAGCUACGUUGCGUUGGUGUUUCUUUUGCCAAACGCAUUCUCUUUCCCAAUGGCCUUCACUUGGCGUCUUACUCGCCUUAUCCCCAGAUGAUGAUGAUCAUUCAGGGGAAGGGAGCAGUGGGAUUUGCAUUUCCUGGAUGUGGUGAGACAUUUGAGGAGCCGCAAGCAGAAUCUAAAGGAAGUCCACAUUCACAACAACCACAGGAUAGCCACCAGAAGAUCCGUCAUUUCAAGGAAGGUGACAUAGUGUUGAUUCCUACUGGAGUUCCUUACUGGACCUAUAACUAUGGCGAUGAACCACUUGUUGCCAUUAGUCUUCUUGACACCUCCAACUCACAAAACCAGCUUGAUCAAUCACCCAGAGUAUUUUACAUUGCUGGGAAGCCAGAGAUAGAGCACCCAGAGACCCUAAAACAACAGUAUCAGAGGCAAGGGAAACAGCAAGAGGAAGAAGAAGAAGAAGGUGGCAGCAUACUGAGUGGCUUCAGCAAACACUUAAUAGCACAAGCACUCAACACUGACGAGGAUACAGCAGAACAACUUCAAUCUCCCACUGACGAAAUCAAGCAAAUAGUCAAAGUUAAGGAAGGCCUCAGCAUUAUCAGUCCCAAAUGGCAGCAACAACAGGAGGGAGAAGAGGAGGAGGAAGAAGAGGAGGAAGGAGAAGAAGGGGAAGAAGAAGAACAGAAACAACAACAAGAGAAAAAACAGAAACACCAACAGCGAGGCAGAAAAGAGAAAAAAGAAGAGAAAAAAGAGAAAGAAAAGCAAGGACAGAAGGAGCAAGAACACAAGGAGAGAAGAAGAAGAGCCAGGACAUCACAAGACAAGAGAAUGGAGGAAGAGGCAAACACAUCCCAAACAAGAAGAAGGAGAAACACAAGAGGAAGUAGAAGAAGAGAAAAAGAAGAAUGGGACUUAAAACCCAAAGGAAAGGGACAUGGAAAUGGGAUAGACGAAACAUGGUGCACAUUGAAGCUUCAUGAGAACAUUGCAAGCCCUUCACGCGCUGACUUCUAUAACCCUAAAGCUGGUCGCAUUAGCACUAUCAACAGCCUCACACUUCCUUCCCUUCGCUUCUUUGGACUCAGCGCCCAAUAUGUUGUCCUCUACAAGAAUGGUAUAUAUGCACCACAUUGGACCCUCAAUGCGAACGGUGUGAUGUACGUGACAAGAGGGAGAGGAAAUGUGAGAGUGGUGAAUUGCCAAGGAAACUCAGUGUUCAACGGCGAGCUAAAGAGGGGACAGUUGCUGGUGGUGCCACAGAACUUUGUGGUGGCGGAAGAAGCAAGUGAUGAAGGGUUUGAGUUCGUAGUAUUCAAAACAAACGACAAUGCUGUCACAACCCACUUCAAGGAGGCGUUAAGGGCAUUACCCGCUGAGGUUGUUGCCAAUUCUUUUGGCCUCCGUCAAAGUCAAGUCAGCGAACUCAAGUACAAUGGAAACUGGGGCCCUUUGGUCAACCCACCUUCUCAGCAUAAUCGCAACUUUGUUCACAUCGCAUAA